CGAUGCUUUUGGUGAUAGGGUUAUCAAUCACUAUAUACCCUUUUAGCAUUUCCUUGGUCUCUAACCCACCUUGGCCGCUCUUCUCAAAUAGUAAAUAACUACCUGUCCAUAUGUCCUGGAGUAGCGGUCCCCACCCUUUUCGGCACCCAAUUUCGUGGAAGACACUUUUUCCAGGGACUGAGGAGAGGGAAGAGAGACGGGAGGCCGACGUGAGGCGGUAGUGCGAGCACUAUCUUAUCGUAAGCAGCUCCUAAAGACAAUGUGGCCGCUCCCACUGACUACUCCUACUUGGCGACCUCAACCAGAAAGCGCUGAGCAGCAGCGGCAGCCCCUUCGGAAGCCGCAGCACCCUAAUUCGAGUACUGUGAGGAGCCCCGGAACGGGGAAGACCGCCCGGCCUCCCGAGCUUCCGUUUCCGGCCCUUCAAGCUCCGCCUCAGCGGAAACGACUCUGUCGCGGGAGAGGGAGUUGGGGGCGGGACGACGUAUCGGCCACGCAUGCGCAUCUUGGCAGUUGCAAUGGCGCUGCCGUGUUCCCUGAACAGGUAUCUGCUGCUCUUGGCACAGGAGCACCUGGAAUUCCGCCUACCGGAAAUAAAAUCUUUGCUUUCACUCUUUGGAGGUCAGUUCACCAAUAGUCAGGAAACUUAUGGAAAGUCUCCUUUUUGGAUUCUUAGUAUUCCCUCUGAAGAUAUUGCCAGAAACUUAAUGAAACGGACAGUGUGUGCCAAGUCCAUAUUUGAACUAUGGGGUCAUGGAAAAUCUCCAGAAGAGCUGUAUAGUUCUCUUAAAAACUACCCUGUGGAGAAGAUGGUUCCAUUUCUACAUUCAGGUUCUACAUAUAAAAUAAAGAUUCACACAUUUAAUAAAACAUUGACACAAGAAGAAAAAGUGAAACGAAUAGAUGCUCUUGAGUUCCUGCCAUUUGAAGGAAAAGUGAAUUUAAAGAAUCCGCAGCAUAUCUUCUCCGUUUUGGAGGAUUACGGUUUGGACCCAAACUGCAUUCCUGAGAAUCCACAUAAUAUUUAUUUUGGGAGAUGGAUUGCAGAUGGACAAAGAGAACUUAUUGAGUCAUACAGUGUCAAAAAGAGACACUUUAUUGGAAAUACAAGCAUGGAUGCUGGUUUAUCAUUCAUCAUGGCCAACCAUGGGAAAGUGAAAGAAAAUGAUAUUGUCUUUGAUCCAUUUGUUGGAACAGGUGGCCUUCUGGUGGCAUCUGCUCAUUUUGGUGCGUAUGUGUGUGGGACAGACAUAGACUACAACACGGUCCAUGGCUUGGGAAAGGCUAGUAGGAAAAACCAGAAAUGGAGAGGACCGGAUGAAAACAUUAGGGCCAAUCUUCGUCAGUAUGGUUUAGAGAAGUAUUACCUUGAUGUCCUGGUUUCAGAUGCAUCUAAACCUUCUUGGAGGAAGGGCACAUAUUUUGAUGCAAUUAUCACUGAUCCUCCGUAUGGGAUCAGAGAAUCUACCAGAAGAACAGGUUCACAGAAGGAAACACCAAAGGGGAUAGAAAAGUGUCCAGAAAGCCACGUUCCUGUUUCCUUGAGUUACCAUCUGAGUGAUAUGUUUUUUGACCUGUUAAACUUUGCAGCUGAGACCCUCAUAUUAGGUGGAAGACUAGUCUAUUGGUUACCAGUGUACACACCAGAAUACACUGAGGACAUGGUGCCCUGGCAUCCUUGCCUGAAGCUUAUUAGCAACUGUGAACAGAAGCUUUCCAGUCACACAUCAAGGCGCUUGAUAACAAUGGAAAAGGUGAAGAAAUUUGAGGCCACAAUAAAUUGGACUGUAAGAGAAGAAAAUAAAAUGCCGUUGAGAGCACCUUUGUGGAGUCGAUGGGCCUGAAGUUGGGGAAGGAGGUGUGGGAGAAGUAGGCAAGUGAGUGUCAUUUAUGGCCACAUUAUGCCCUCAGCUCCCGUCAGGUCUUUGCCACCCAAAGCAAUGGCCAUCCUCAUCGCCAUACACCAGAGUCUGGAGCGUGGUAGUUUUCCACUCUAAGUAGAAGCUGGUUAUCAUCAAUCAUUGUGUGCAGCCCUGUUCCCUCUGUGGGGCUGCUUUUGGAUGCUGAUAAAUCUUCCUAAUUAGCUGUAAAAAUGAUGAAAAGUAGAUGUUAUGUUUUAAUCAUAAGCCACUUGGGCCAUUGGCAUUCAUGGGAUAGCUUGAAUUCCUAUUUUCCUUUACUAAAUUGCUUUGAGCUGAUGGCAUUUUUACUACUAAAAAUGUAAGUCCACAGAGCUCAGAGCUGCAAUAGCUAUGAAUUGUUUUCAGUAACUCAAUCAUAGAAAAGCAAAGUAAAAAAAAAUUGACACAUUGUUCAUGGUUUCUUUUCCCAUGUGUUGGUGGGAUGUUAGAGAUAUCUGAGAUCUUUGCAGAUAAUUCAAUGCAGGCCUGGUUCUAAGAAUAAAAGCUGGCAUAGUGAUCGGUGUGGGAGAUAUUUUUUUUUUUUGUCAGAAGCUAAAAUGAACUCUUUGAAAAGCCAGGGAAAAGAAUAUGGGAUUAUCAUAUAAUUGGCCUUUGGGGUUAAGAUGUAGCAUCAGAAUAGGUUCAGAACAUAAUGGCCACAGCUAGAAAAGUGAAGUCUCAGCUAAGGUUUUCUGCACGUGAGGGCAUCUCAGCACUCCUAAACUUCAGCAUGUGUGAGAACCAUUAGCGAGGGUUUCCAUGACACAGAUUGCAGGGCCCCAGGCUAGAGUUUCUGACUCAGUAGGUCUUAGAUGGACCCUGAAAUUUGCACUGCCAACACGUUCUAAGGUGAUACUGAUGCCGCUGGGGCAGGUACCAAACUUGGAGAGUCUGACUUCCAGUUCUAGCUCUGUGCUGACCAGCUGUGUGGCCUGAAUACUUUUCAGCUGUGUGAUAUACCUAAUAGCAUCUGCUAUUUAUUUCAUCGUUCUCAUUGGAGUGGGAUCUGCUUUGCUUACAACAUAGAUGAAGAUUUUCUAUUUCUAGGGACCUCUGAACAUGAACCAAUGCUGCCUAUCAUAUCAAAAUAUAUUGUUGACCUAUCCCCAGGGAAAUACGGUUCCUAAGUGGCGUUUUCAUGACGGUGACAGGCCCGAGUGCAGCUGGGCUAAGGGUCCACUCCACAGUCAGGAAUCAACAGGAAGCUCGCUGGAUCCCACAGGGUUGGGGCCCUGUUUCAUUCUUAUUAGUCACAUGCUAACUGCUGAGCCCAGUAUCCCACCCUGCGGGUCACAGCUGCCUUCUGGCUGGGCCUCUUGGAGUUCCUGCGAGUCCUUGCAGGAGUAGCAGCUUCCCAGAAUGAAUGUGUGGGCAUCAGGGCUUUCUAACCAAGGAUUCAUGCAAUAUCUUGUGAACUUUGCUUUUGAGAGAUAAGGCACAACCGGCUUGGUUGUAAAAUCACAGCUUUUGAAAGGAUGCCAUGGGUCCGUAUGGAGGCCUGGACAUUUCAUGGCUGGAUCCACUGAGUUAAACCUGCCAAACUUCCUUGCUCUCCUUGCCUCUGUGCCUGCGCUCUCUGCCUGGAAGGCCCCUACUCUGCAUUUUUACCCCGUUUAUUGUCCCUGAGGAUGAAGUCUAGGCAUCUUUUCCUCUGGAAGGCCUUUUCCAUGCUCCUGCUGCACGACUCCUGUGCUUGUGGCCUGCCUAGCACUAGUAUUUACGACACUGGAAUUGCCCAUCAUUGUGUGCUUUGUUGGGCUGCAGGCUCUUCAGGCACAGGGCAUGGGCUUCAUUCUUUCCUAUAGGAGCACAUAUUUGUUGCAUGAAUAAAUGAUAUCUAAAUUUAUUCUCAUCAGAGGAGACUGUGGGAUGGUGUUGGGAACAUAUAGGCUGAAAAAUGGGUAGGAAAUAGGUCUACAGUAGGUAUACGUGAAACACAGUUUACUCUUGUAUUAUUAUCUAUUAAUUCUUGUAUUAUUUUCCAUAUGAACAACU